AUGUGGUCGUUGUUUCAAGUAGCACUUCAAUUAUUCUUAGUAUCACAGUACUCUACUUUGGCUGAGGAUGACCGUUGUCAGGAAGUUCCAAACCUAAGCUAUAUUCCUAGUCCAAACGCUUGCAACUUAUACUACAACUGUAUCGAUGGAAACGCGUAUCCACAAAUUUGUCCGCCGGAUGAAUGGUUUUCAAUGCAGCAGCAGCAGUGCGUGCCAAAAGAUCAAUCGGAAUGCGACCUAGCCGAACCUCCCACGCUGCCAGAAGCACCAGCACCAGAACCAUCUGCCAUAUGUGACGAUAUACCAAACUUUCGUUACGUGGCCAGCAUUGAAUCUUGCCAGUGGUAUUACCAGUGUAUUGACCGGAUCGCAUAUCUUCUUUCCUGUCCAUUAUUUUUCUGGUUUGACGAAACACUGCAGCGCUGUGGAACGCGAUAUGAUGUGUAUUGUGAUCAGGAGCAAGCAACCUCCACCCCGCUCUCAACGCCUCCAACUGUGGAUCCCCUGGAAAUAUGUUACGGACAACCAGACGCUGCUUUAAUUCCUAGUAAUACGCUGUGCGAUCGAUAUUACUCCUGCUAUCAGGGUGUUGCUUACCCGAACAAUUGCCCAAAUGGAUUGUGGUUUAAUCCAGAAACAGGCGAAUGUGACGAACCGGAAAACGUGGAAUGUGCAGCUAAUACAAUAUCACCUACAUAA